UUCUCCCUCUGCCAAUCCUCUUCCCCAUCCCGCAAUUCAUCACCACGGUGCCCAAUUCUUCCCCCUCAUUUUCUCUCUUCCUUCUCUUGUUCUUGUCUUCGUCUUUGGGUCUUUGUGGUCAACAUGUGUGGUAUCUUCGCCUGUCACCGGCACCCUGAUGUGCAGAAAUUCAAGCCCACGGCUUUGCGCAUGGCCAAGGCUGUGCGCCACCGCGGUCCCGAUUGGAGUGGCAACUUCAUGGCCGACAACACCAUCCUCGCGCAUGAGCGUCUGAGCAUUGUCGGUAUCGACACCGGUGCCCAGCCCCUCGUCAACGAUGAUAGCUCGCUCGCUCUGGCCGUCAACGGCGAGAUCUAUAACCACCGUAUCCUCCGGAAGGAACUGAAGGUCGACUAUACAUUCAAGACGCACUCCGACUGCGAAGUGAUCAUCCCUCUGUACAUGCAAUAUGGCCUCGACGCUCCCAAGCAUCUUGAUGGCAUGUUCUCCUGGGUUCUUUUCGACCGCAAGCAGAACCGCGUCAUCGCUGCCCGUGAUCCCAUCGGUAUCACUAGCUUCUACCUGGGCUGGUCCAGCGAGACCCCCGGUGCCGUUUACUUCGCCUCCGAGCUUAAGUCCUUGCACCCCAUUUGCGACAAGAUCGAGGCCUUCCCCCCCGGUCAUGUUUAUGACUCCAACACCGGUGCCUUGACCCGGUACUUCCAGCCCUCGUGGUGGGACCCCACCAACGUGCCCUCGACUCCCGUCGACUACCUGACGCUCCGCCACUCCCUGGAGAAGGCUGUGCGCAAGCGUCUGAUGGCCGAGGUCCCUUACGGUGUGCUGCUCUCCGGUGGCCUGGACUCCAGUCUGGUUGCCUCCAUCGCCCAGCGCGAGACCCUGCGCAUGCAGGAUGCCGCCAAGGCCGCCAUUCAGAACCAGACCGGUGUCUCGGAUCUGGUUGGCAUCGAUGACUCCAACGAGCUGUCCACCGUCACUACUCUGCAGCAGCUGCACUCCUUCUCCAUCGGUCUGCCCGGUGCUCCCGAUACCGAGGCCGCCCUCGAAGUCGCCCGCUUCCUCGGAACCAAGCACCACGCUUUCACCUUCACCGUCGAAGACGGUCUCAACGCUCUUUCCGAUGUCAUCUACCACCUCGAGACGUACGAUGUGACCACCAUCCGUGCCUCCACGCCCAUGUAUCUGCUGAGCCGAAAGAUCAAGGCCAUGGGUGUCAAGAUGGUUCUCAGCGGUGAGGGAAGCGACGAGAUCUUCGGCGGUUACCUGUACUUCCACGCUGCCCCCAACCGGGAAGAGUUCCACAAGGAGACCGUUCGCCGGGUCAAGAACCUGCACUUGGCGGACUGCCUCCGCGCGAACAAGUCGACCUCCGCCUGGGGUCUGGAGGCCCGUGUGCCGUUCCUGGACAAGGAGUUCCUCGAGACCUCCAUGAAGAUCGACCCUGCCGAUAAGAUGAUCACCAAGGAGCGCAUUGAGAAGUACGUUCUGCGGAAAGCGUUCGACACCACCGACGAGCCGGACAACACGCCGUACCUGCCCGAGAAGAUCCUCUGGCGCCAGAAGGAGCAGUUCAGCGACGGCGUGGGCUACAGCUGGAUCGACGGUCUGAAGGAUGCGGCCGAGGAGCACGUCACGGACGAGAUGAUGAAGAACCCCAAGGCCGAGUGGGGUAGCGACGUUCCCGACACGAAGGAAGCGUACUGGUACCGCACGAUGUUCGACGAGCACUUCCCUGCCUCGUGCGCGGGCACCGUUGAGCGUUGGACCCCGACAUGGUCGAAGCAGACCGAUCCCAGUGGACGGGCUAUUGCGACCCACAACGCCAAGUAUAAGAGCGUCGAAUAGAUGUUGGGUAUAUAAACUCUGCGCGUUUUCGGUUGGGCAAUCAUGGGUAUAGAGGCAUGCAUAGAUGAUCUACCAAAGUUUCUUGUUUGGGGUCAAAAGUGAAUUUUUCAUUGGACGAGCUUGCGGGCCACCGAGCAUCUGCUUUCCUGUUCUUCUAGCACUGGCAUCUUCUAUUUGUCUUGGGUGGGUACAGUGAAGUUCUGCGUAAAGAGCUUGGAUCUGUGGCGUCAAGUUUUUUUCUAGUAUCUCCUUUGUUUGUUCAAUUUUUCGGAUGUCGCACUGAUCAUGAGACGCGUGCUCCUUUAAUAAAUCAAAGUUCUAUCUGAAGACCAUGCGAGUUGGGUUGUUGGGCCCUGGGCCCCGUGGUGGACGAUCGUAUUCAACGGUCCUGUCGAUCUUCGACCAACGUGGGUGUACGGAGUAGGAGAGGAAGAGGUUCAGACCACCGUAAAAUCCGAGACACAGAGGUGGAGUAUAUCCAGGACGGCGAAAAUCGCUGCAUCAUAACGAGCUAGACAAGAUAGCUGUCGACUGUCAUCGAUAGCGGAAGCAACGUUCGGCAGAUCGUCUCCACGGAGGGAAAGAUGACGGAAUCGACGGCGGGCAAUCUCUGCCCAAGGCCGCCAGAUCACGGGACUUAGC